ACUGUCCAGCGGUCUUCACUUUAUAGAAGAGCAAACAAAGUACAUGCGCUGCGUAACCAGCUCACUGUGCUGCUAUAAUGCCCAGCAACUGUAAGUUUCUCUCUUUAACCGCUGUAUUUAUAUUAUAUUCGUGCUAUUCUCGCGUCAAUUCAUGGGAUGUUUCCAGAAUCCCCUCAAUCGCCAAAUAUUUGAGCACUAAAGGGAGGUAUGAGGAAGUGAACCCGCAUCUGUUAGCGGACAUUCUCUCUGUAAACACAACUGUUAUCCGACCUCCUUCGCCCCAGUGUCGCGAAAUCUAUCUAGCAGCUAUAAUCAGACAUGGCACAAGAUACCCCACCACUAAAAACGUGAAGAAGAUGCUCAGGUUUUACGACACAGUGAAAAAGUCCGCAGCUGCAGAGGACAGGGGCUGGCUGCGGGAGAUCAGACACGAGUGGACCAUGUGGUACAGAGAGGACAUGGACGGACGGCUCGUGCCCAAGGGCAUCGAGGACCACAGGCAUCUGGCAGUGAGGCUGUCCAAACUGUUCCCCAAGCUCAUAUCAGAGGAGAAACUCAGAGCAGGACUCAUCAAGUUCAUCAGCAGCUCCAAACACAGGUGUAUCAACAGCACCCUGGCCUUCAAGAGAGGACUCACUGAGCUGUGGGACAUCACAGACAUGGAGUUUGAUCACACAGUGAACGAUGCUCUUAUGCGCUUUUUUGACCAGUGCACAAAGUUUGUGCAGGAUGUGAGUGAUAACCCCACAGCUCUCUCUGAAGUGGACGAGUUUAACAUGGGGCCGGAGAUGGAGAGAGUGCAAGAGAAGGUAGCAGACCGCCUCGGAGUGCCUUAUAGUCACAUCACGGACGAAUCGGCUGAGGCAGCGUUUUACUUGUGUGCCUAUGAAUUUGCCAUCACGAAUGUCAACUCACCCUGGUGCCAGCUUUUUGAUGAAGUCGAUGCACAGGUUCUGGAAUAUGCAAAUGACUUGAAGCAGUACUGGAAAAGGGCCUAUGGCUAUGACAUCAACAGCAAAUCCAGCUGCAUUCUCUUCCACGAUGUGUUUAGUCGACUUGAGAAGGCAGCUGAAGAGAACAAGCAUGGCUCUCCAGUGACUGAAGCGGUCACUAUACAGAUUGGUCAUGCUGAAACCCUCUUACCUCUCCUCACAUUAUUGGGCUUCUUCAAGGACACUGAACCUCUCAAAUCAGAAAACUAUGCCUCUCAAACCAAACGCACUUUCCGCACUAGCCACAUAUUACCUUACGCCGCUAACCUGGUCCUGGUGCUGUACGACUGUGGAGAAGGGGAGCUCAGACUGCAGCCGCUGCUCAAUGAAAAGACUGUGGCAUUUCCAGGUUUGAGUGUGCAGCAGAGCUCAAUGCCUCUGUAUGCAGAUGUGAGGGAGCGAUACAAGGAACUGCUGCAGGGAUGUGACUUUGAGACAGAGUGUCAACUGUUCAAACAACCGACUGAAAACUGAAAAAGAAAUAAAACUAUAGAUUUGAAAUAUCUAUGUUAUCUCCCUGUAAUACUGGCCAUCAUGGCAAUUUUUGUUGUAUUGUUUUUGGAAACAAUUGAGAAAACAUCACAGUUUUAAAAUAAUUUUGUCAGCCUGAUAAACUGAUAACAGUGUGAAUUCAGCAAAAUAUUGGUGUCAAGAAAAUCUUCCAGCCAAAUCAAUAAUGAGGAUGACUCUGCUGGAGAGAAUAGUUGGUUUUGGAGGCCAGAAAGUCUAAAAAAAUUACUACAUUACCAUGGAUUUUAUCAGGGGUGCCAGUAUUAAAGAAGGACACAGCACAGCUAUACCAAAUAUGUAUUCAACUAUCACAAAUAUGUGGUGAUAGGACCAAGAAGGAAUGUACAACUGUGUAUUAUCAUUCAGUUAAACUUUUUGCUCACCGUUUUGAAUGAUGAGUUUAAGUUAUACAUUACACCACUUCUGUUUCUGUAUAUUUUUUAGAUCCAUAGUCAUGUUCUCAUAAUAAAAGAACAGAGAAUAAUGGAUUGUAUGAACAGAACUUGAACCAUACCUGUAGUAAGUGGAUAGGGUUUCCCUUUUGAGAGCCAGACCUGAGUAUCAGCACCAUAACCCUUUGUUAGUUGGCCUAAAUUAGGUUCCAGAUGGGGACAGUGAUAAUACUGUCAGACAUGUAACUUGUGGAAAACCCAUUCAGGGCAAUAAUCCAAGAAUUAUUACUAAUUUAUGCAUGUUUUGACCAGGCAAUGGUUGACGGUGAACAACAUCAACACAUUUAAAUAGCCAAACCAGAGCCCAGAACUAAAAAAGGUACCCAUAGGCACUAAAUCUGUCAACUGGACAAAUCGUUGUAAGAGUGAAGAUGUUUCUUUGCUAUGGACCAGACCUGGAUGACUGAGGGAUUACACAGACAAUAAUUUGUAUAUUUUCAAAUUGUACUGUUUUAGAAAUAAGAUUCUUAAAUGCUCACAUUUGCAUCUGGAAUGUUAACCUGAUUCAUAAACUGAAUUAAAGUGAUCUGCCUUACACUUAUUGGUGGCACACACAUUGG